AACCACUAUUAUCUUCAGAUAUAAAUUCUAAAUUUAUUACAAGUUACAACUGGAUAUAUAAAAAAUAUAAAAAAAGACAAAUAAAUGACGUAAUGGAAGGCUACAUCAAUCAUACAAAUAAUAAUAAAUGCGUACUAAUGACUAAAAAUACGGUUUGGUUUUGUGGAACAAAUAGCAAUAAACUUCAUGCUUAUAAUCGCGCAAAGAACGGUACUAUUGAAAAGGGUAAAAAGAUUCUGUGUACUGACAACGCUUUGAUUAAAUGUUUUGCUCUUUGCGAUGAUUAUAUUAUAAGUAGCGACAUAAAUGGUGUUAUUAAUCGUUGGGAAAUUAAGAAUGAUCAAAAUAACUUUUUUUUGGAACGUUUAAAAAUACAUGAUGUGCAUUCUAGAAUUAUACAAAUAAACGCAACAUCGCAACACAUUAUAACUGCUUCUAAAAAUUCAAUAAAGAUACUGAAAUAUACAAAUGAUAGAAGAGGUUGUACGGAAGAAAACGAAAUAUUUUGUGGAGACGUCUCAUCUUAUAUAAAAUCAAUCUCAUUUGACCCUAUAAGAACAAAAUUUGCGGCUAAUUCCAUAUAUAGAUAUAUUUGUAAGUCGUCGUUUCUAAUUUACGAUAUUGAUAAAAGUUAUCAGAUAAUAAAUAAAAAUUUUGAAAGUGGAUGUGUGCAACUAAUAUGGGAGAAUCCUCACACUAUUCUCACGUGUUUUUAUAAUUCUAUUAAAAAAAUAGAUAUAAGAACAUCCAAUUUUGUUGUACGUAGUUGGGAUUUUCCCAAAUAUUACGCUUUGUGUUGCUCAUCAGAUAAUAUGUACACUUUUAUGACGGGGCAUUAUAGAGCUGCUCACUUAUGGGAUCAGAGACAGAAUGUGGCCAUUCAAACGUAUGUAAAUCGCUUAAAGAUACAUUCUCUAGAAUUUGAUAGUACCCAUAUGUAUGGUUGUACAAUGGGUGGUCUUUUUGAAUUGGACUUUACGGAAAAGAACCACUUUAACCACAAAGGAAUAAAAAAAGCACUAAAGAUACAGGUAUUCUCGUCUGCGCCAUUUUUGUCCCAUUCCCCCACUCCUUACCCUCUCGAUCUCAACAAAGUUCGAGCAGCUUAG